GCUGGAAGAUGGGAAACUUGAAUAAUUUUAAUCAGGUUUGUUAGAAAUGUUAGCAGAUGUGUGUGAUAAAGAGGAAAGUAGCAGGAGAUUGAAGGAUUUCUUGACGAAGAAUGAAGCUGAGGUCCAGAAGUCGACUGAUUUAGACGAUUUGAUGAAGCAGCAAGUGGAGCUUAUCAAGAUUCAUAAAUAAAGUACAAGAGUCGUUGUUUAAAAUUGAGAAUAAGUUAACAGAGGUUGAUCCAAGCAUGGUGAAGGAGAAUCAGUCUUCUCAGGUUUCCUUUGUGAAGCCCCCUGACUUCAAGAAAACUUUACAGAAGAGAAAACCCAUUCUAUAUGAAAAAUUCUGUAGUCAAGCUACUUAUAGUCCCUUUGAAGACACAUCUUCAAAGGAAAAUAUUCAUAAGAAGAAUUUCAAUUUCACAAGUCCAAAGGAAUCUCUAAAGACUUUGAAGCCUCCAAAAUCAAGCAUGAAAUAUCUUCCAAGCAAAGCAAACUCCAGCUCAACAUCUCAUAAAAGAAGCUUCACUAUUAAUUUGAUGGACAGUAAAUCUAACAACUAUAUUCCCGACUCUUCAAAUAAUAACAACGAGUUGCCUCAGGAGGAGAUUCUUCAGGCAUCUUUACAAGCUAGUUCUAAAAGAAUCUCGAUCACCCAUCUAAAGAAGCUCCCUGAGCUUGUGAGAAUAUCUAAGCAAUAUGAAAGAAUCAUUAGAGUUUAUAGUAGAGUAUUGAGCAUCUUCAGGGAUGUUCAUGACCACAAGCAGUAUGCUUCUCUUAGUUCAAGCGCCAAUGUUCAGAAGUAUCUCUCUAAAAACCCAACAAGACAGCUUGCUGAGGUCAUAAGCAUCACGAAAAGGUUGAAAAGAGACGCAGUGAGGGUCAAAUUUUUGAAGCAGAUCUUUCUGAAGUACAUGCUCCCAAACUCGAUCGAUUCGAAGUGGCCAGGAGAGAUAAAAGCAAUUUAUCACUAUUUAUCUAAUUUGAUGAGAUAUUUAUCCCAUCUUGACUCUGAAGCUGAGAAAAUAAAGUAUUCCUCAGUGAACGAUUCGAAGAAAAGAGCUAUGAAGAAUUCGAAAACAGAAUUUCUUCUGAAAUGGCCAAACUCAGUUAAGAAUUGUGGGUAAAAAGAUGUACAAAAAUGUUUUGUUUCCCACACAAUAUACAAAGAAGGUUGCAAAACAGAAAUUUAAAAGAGUGCAUCAAAAAUAGCUCUCCAAAACUCUUCUCUAAGACAAUGAAGACAGUUGAGAAUGGCAUAGUAACCUCUCAGAAUCUCAAGUUAGCUAUAAAAGAUCUCCAAAGAAGUGGCAAUGCAUUUAUGAUAACAAAAUCUGUGAAGACUCAAAGAACUAAGAAGCCUCGAAAAAUUCAGGCAGAGAAAAGAAAAAGCAGCUCUGGGAGAAAACUUAUUAAGAAUAUGUCAUGAGACUUAUCUCAACAAAUGAAAACUCUAGACCAAACCAACGGCGACAAACUGUUGAAGAAUCAGAAAAAUGAUAGCUCAACAAAAACUAGGUAACUUUAGCAAUGAUCUCUUUAGGAUUACUAAAUUCAGAAGGAGCAUGGACUUCUUAGACACACAAUCUGAUAAUUUUGACACUAAUUCAAAGCAAAGUGAUGUAAUGGAAACAGUCUCCUCAAGACAUAAAGAUAGAAAAGAGAAAUUAUUACAGAGAAACCGUUCAAAUUGAGCACUUUUAAUGUCAGCUGAGAAGAAAUUUGUAUUUGACGGCUGUAUAGACUUAAAGAUAAUCUCUAAUCGUAACCAUGAUACCCUUGAAGACUUAAAGAGAUGUCCUGCUGCGUUCUAUUAUAACCCACAAUCUCCGAAAGAUGUUG